ACUCCUUCCUCCGACUACGCCCAUAAUGCCUACAGAACUGCCAUACGCCGCCGACGCCGAGGUGUCGCUAUCGUACGACGAGCUCGAAGUAUUACGACUUCAAUACGAGAAGGAGGUAGAGGCGGGGCAUGUCACGGUUCAGACGAAGUUCAACUACGCUUGGGGCCUGGUGAAGAGUCCGGUACGUGAGGAUCAGGUAGAGGGUGUGCGACUGCUGCAAGAGAUCUACCGCGCGGAGCCCGCUCGCCGAAGAGAGUGUCUUUAUUAUCUAGCACUUGGUCACUACAAGAUGGGAAAUUACGAGGAUGCCAAGAAGUUCAAUGGCCUUCUUUUAGAGAAGGAACCUACGAAUCUCCAGGCUCAUAGCCUUCAGACGUUAGUAGACCAGCGCUUAGCAAGGGAUGGGUACAUAGGCAUGGCCCUAGCCGGUGGAGCAGCUGCCAUCGGGGCCAUCCUACUUACAGGUCUAAUACGGCGAGCAACCCGCAAAUAAUGUCUUUGGCCACGACUUACGCUGUGUUCCCGCUCCCACGUCUCCUAUUUAUCCUAUCAAAUAAUGUACGGUCUCUCCGACUCGCAAAUAACAUCCUUAUGACCUAAUAAACGGUACUUCCUUCCCCAUCAAUCCUCAGUUGUCCUUAGGCCGGGAAGCGGUGGAUGGUGACGAGUAUGUCGCGCGCGCAACGCAUAGAAUUUUGCGUAGAAUUUAUAUCUUGUAUCAAUAGCGUGAAGCACGGAAGUUCGAGAUUUUCCCUCUCGUAUUGCUAAGAGCCUAAGGAAGAGCCUAAAACCCGGUAACUAGAGAGCUGUUUCUAGAAUACAGACUAAUGGUGUACAUGAACAUCCGUAGUACAACCCGG